GUUGUAUACUGCUGCGCGUGGGUUUGCCGUCUCAGAGGGCGAGCGCAGAGGUAAAUCCGGCACGUGGGUCAUUCCCCUCCACCAAAAGUGCGACGAGACACAAGACAACAUGGGGGAAAGAUUUGUGGUUGUGCCGGUUGACACAGGAGGGGCUGCCACCGGGAUGAGGGAGCCCUCGGACUCGGUAGUCGUUGACCCGGUACCGGACACCGGCAGCAGAAGCACCCGCGGCGGCGACAGCGACGGCGGCACAGUGGCGGGGAGAGAGGCGGGGGAGGACUCUGUGUUCGAGCCACCGGAGGACCCCAACGCUGUGGUGCCUAUCCUGGAGUACAACAGGGAGCCCAACAAGUACGGUGACGGCGUUCCAAAGGAAAACAGUCCCUUUAUCAACAACACAGACAAUGACAAAGGCGGCAGCUAUGACGGCACCAACAUGGCUCUUUUUGAGGAGGAAAUGGACAGCAACCCUAUGGUGUCAUCUCUCCUUAAUAAACUGGCAAACUACACCAAUCUCACCCAGGGGGCACAUGAGCAUGAGGAAGCUGAUGAAGAUGAAGGGCCCAAGAAGAAAGCUGUUAAGAGCCCUCAGAUGGGGACCUUCAUGGGCGUCUACCUCCCCUGCCUCCAGAAUAUUCUGGGGGUCAUCCUUUUUCUGCGCCUUACCUGGAUCGUCGGCUCUGCCGGCAUCCUGGAGUCCCUGGCUAUUGUCGGCUUGUGCUGCUCUUGUACCAUGCUGACAGCCAUAUCCAUGAGUGCAAUCGCUACCAAUGGUGUUGUGCCAGCUGGUGGCUCCUACUAUAUGAUUUCCAGAUCUCUCGGCCCAGAGUUUGGAGGCGCUGUAGGUCUCUGUUUCUACCUGGGGACAACAUUUGCCGGUUCCAUGUACAUCCUGGGUACCAUCGAGAUUCUUCUGACCUACAUCGUGCCUAAAGCAGCCAUCUUUGUGGCAGAGAAAAAGGAGGAUGAGGGGGAUGCCCUGUUGAAUAACAUGCGUGUUUAUGGCACGUGCUGCCUCGCACUGAUGGCCGUGGUCGUCUUCGUUGGAGUGAAAUAUGUCAACAAAUUAGCCUUAGUGUUUCUGGCCUGUGUGAUUCUUUCAAUCCUCGCCAUAUACGCUGGAGUCAUUAAGACCAUCUUUGAGCCACCAGACUUUCCUGUUUGUAUGUUGGGAAAUCGCACCCUGCAGAACCAGAACUUUGACAAGUGUCUUAAGACGGACGUCAUAGACAACCUGACCGUCACUACCAAGCUGUGGACGCUGUUUUGUGAUGGACCUGAGCUCAACGCCACCUGCAAUGACUACUUCAUGAAAAACAAUGUCACUGAGGUGCAGGGCAUCCCCGGGCUGACCAGUGGGGUCAUUUCAGAGAAUAUGUGGUCAGUGUACGGUCCUCUGGAUAUGUUGGUAGAAAACAAGAACCUGCCAUCUAAUGAGGGAAGUGACUCUGCCCAAGACAUGUACAUGCCGUAUGUAGUCAAUGAUAUUACCACCUUCUUCACGCUGCUGGUCGGCAUCUACUUCCCCUCUGUCACUGGUAUCAUGGCUGGUUCAAACCGGUCAGGUGACCUGAGGGACGCCCAGAAGUCCAUCCCCAUUGGGACCAUCCUGGCAAUUGCUACCACCUCCUUCAUCUAUGUCACCUGCGUGGUUCUGUUUGGUGCCUGCAUUGAAGGAGUUCUGCUUCGAGAUAAAUUUGGGGACUCGGUGAAAGGGAAUCUCGUCAUCGGCACGUUGUCAUGGCCGUCACCCUGGGUGAUUGUGAUUGGCUCGUUCUUCUCCUGCUGCGGGGCGGGGCUGCAGAGUUUGACCGGCGCCCCUCGGCUGCUGCAGGCCAUCGCGCGAGAUGGCAUCGUACCUUUCUUACAGGUGUUUGGUCAUGGGAAAGCUAAUGGAGAGCCCACCUGGGCUCUGCUCCUCACUGCUGGGAUCUGUGAGAUUGGUAUCCUCAUCGCUUCACUGGACGCCGUGGCUCCUAUCCUCUCCAUGUUUUUCCUCAUGUGCUACCUGUUUGUCAACCUGGCCUGUGCCGUCCAGACCCUGCUGCGAACACCAAACUGGAGACCACGCUUCAAAUACUACCACUGGGCUCUGUCAUUCCUGGGAAUGAGCUUGUGCCUUGCCAUAAUGUUCAUCUCCUCCUGGUAUUAUGCCAUUGUUGCCAUGGCAAUCGCUGGAUGCAUCUACAAAUACAUUGAAUACAGAGGGGCGGAGAAGGAAUGGGGUGAUGGGAUCCAUGGUCUGUCCCUGAACGCAGCACGCUACGCCCUCAUUCGCCUCGAGGAGGCUCCGCCACACACCAAGAACUGGAGGCCUCAGUUGUUGGUGCUCUUGAACAUGGACUCGGAUCCAGGAGUGAAACACCCUCGUCUGCUCUCCCUUACCACGCAGAUGAAGGCAGGAAAAGGCCUGACAAUAGUGGGGAACGUUUUAGAGGGAACUUAUCUCACUAAAGAAGCAGAGGCCAAGAUGGCUGAGCAGAACAUCAAGUCUGCCAUGUCAGCAGAGCGGACCAAGGGUUUCUGUCACGUUGUGGUGUCUUCAAACCUCAGAGACGGCAUGUCGCACCUCAUUCAGUCUGCAGGACUGGGAGGCAUGAAGCACAACACAGUCCUCAUGGCCUGGCCUGGGAACUGGAAGCAGUCCAAUGACCCACAAUCAUGGAAGAAUUUUAUAGAGACAGUGCGGGAGACCACAGCUGCCCAUCAGGCCUUACUUGUGGCUAAGAAUGUAGACAGUUUCCCCACCAACCAGGACCGCCUGGGGGAGGGCACCAUCGACGUGUGGUGGGUGGUCCAUGAUGGAGGCCUACUCAUGCUGCUGCCUUUCCUGCUUCGCCAGCACAAGGUGUGGAGGAAGUGUAAGAUGCGCAUCUUCACUGUGGCCCAGAUGGAUGACAACAGUAUACAAAUGAAGAAGGAUUUGCAGAUGUUCAUGUACCAGCUGCGAUUGGAUGCAGAGGUGGAAGUAGUGGAGAUGCAAGACAACGACAUCUCGGCAUUUACCUAUGAGAAGACACUGGUGAUGGAGCAGAGGACUCAGAUGCUGAAACAGAUGCAUCUGUCCAGGACUGAGAGGGAAAGAGAGAUUCAGAGUAUCACCGAUGAAUCGCGUAGUUCAAUCCGGAGGAAGAACCAAGGUGCUGCCGAGAGCACAAGCCUCAGCCAGCCGUCCUCAGCGGUGGAGGACAGUCAGGAGGACGAGGCUCAACUCAUCCAUGACAGAAACACAGCAUCUCACGCCGCCAUUAACGACAAGGGCGACGCCGGGCCCGAGCACGUCCACAUGACUUGGACGAAGGAAAAGCUGUUCAUGGAGCGCAGUCGUAACCGCGAGUCCAACACCAACGCAGUCGUGCGCGACCUGUUUAACAUGAAACCAGAGUGGGAGAGCCUGAACCAGUCUAACGUCCGUCGGAUGCACACAGCGGUCAAGCUGAACGAGGUGGUGGUGAACAAAUCACAGGGAGCUCACCUGGUUCUGCUCAACAUGCCUGGACCACCGAAGAACCGAGGAGGAGACGAGAACUACAUGGAGUUCCUGGAGGUUCUCCUCGAAGGUCUGAACCGGGUCCUUUUAGUGCGAGGAGGUGGUAGUGAGGUCAUCACCAUCUACUCUUAAAAAAAGAGAAAAAGAAAACUCUUACACCCCACACUGCACACAUGGUAUGUUGCCAUGGAUACCAGUCAGCGGGCAUUCUUGGGGAAGAAUCCAAAUUGGGUUGUUUUUGUUUUUUUUUUUUAUGAAGGGCAGGGUUGUUAGAAGGCUGGACCACUUGUGAUUAAGCGAUGGUCUGAAGGACCUGAGGUUAAAGGGAAGGGCUGCAGACAGACAGACAGACAGACAGACAGACAGGGCAAACACAAGUCUGAGUCCAUGCUGGGCCACAAAACACCUGCACAUGGAAAAUAGAGCAUAGAGACACUUUAUACUUUUCAUUUAACCCUGAGAGUUGUCAUUUCUGUUGUGUUACAUUUUCACGUUCUUUCCCUCUUGUGUUGAUGUUGUCCAGUUACUGGCACGCGGUGCUUAAAGAACAAGUGAGGGGCCAUUUACAUGUACGUAGCUGUCUUUAAACAAAGUAAACAAACAAUCCUGCUGCAAAAAUCUCACUCAACAUAUAUAGAUAUAUAUCUCACAUAGUCUGCCAAGGUAAAGGUUCUGCAUCUGCAUUUGCACUCAGAUGUUUUCAUUUGAAAAUGGCUUCUCACCUCUGGUUGUAGUGACUCUAAAGCUGUAGCGUUUAUUGCCUUGUAAUUAUUUAGCGAAGGAUUCACCACAUCAGUCAUUUCCUCGCAGAAUGCUGUUCUUUCAACAAGGGGAAAAAAAAGCCAUAGUUAAUGUUCUAGAACUCUGUAUGAGCGUACGGUGUCUGAAAUAAUGCUCAUUUAACAGUACAAGCACAACUGACACACACAAGUUUGUGCAGUUCAAACUUGUGCAAACUCACGGUGACUUCUGACCUUUUAAACCACCGGUCUCUCAGCACGUUUUUCUGCUCUGUGGCUACUGUGAUGCUUCCUCUUGUUCGAUGCGUUGCUACAUUCAUGCAGACAACUGUCACUUCCACACUAUUUAAUGCUCAUGUUUUUAUAGUCAUUUUAGGCCCAGACUGAGCAGAUGAUUUAUGAGCAUGUGUGGGAGAAAAGUGCCAAAAUGACGACAAAAGGAACUGUGGAAGUAUCAGCGCUUCUGCUUCUGGACGUAAUUGUAGUGACUCCUUUUUACAUGUGUUGUCUUUAAAUCGUUAUUUAUGAUGGCGCUUUUUAUUUCUGCCAUAAUUAAAAUUGGCAUUUGCGCAUUUCAGCUCCGUCACACUUGCUUCUGCGUUCAGUUGGAGGCGAGAAGGAAAACAGGUUGCACCGUUUCUUUUUACCUCCACAGUUUCUUUUUUAAACUAGUUGUGCAGUAUUUUGUGAAGCAGAAAGUCACGCGUCCCUGGUGUGAACCUCUGAUUCUCAGUGACGCAGCGUCUCUGUCUUUGCUGUGUUUUAUUCAGUUGUCGAUGUAACUAUGUAGCGCUGUUCUCUGUAGUGUCUGUUUCACUUUAACUCGUCUGUUACUCUAAGUGUUCAAUUCUUUUUGGUGUGAUUUCUGCGGAAGGAGGCGGAGAGAGCGGGAGAAGAGGUUAUGUGAGAAGACGGCAGCAUAUAAGUCUUUUUGUGGGUCUCUUUUUUAUUAUUAUUAUUAUUAUUAUUAAUAUUAUUUUGUGAAAACGCAGCACACAGGACUGAAGACUCCCCAUGAAACAGUGACGCCCAGGUCUGGAAGUAUUGAGAAACAUGAGUGAGGCCACCAACGUCAGAACGUGGUUUCAACAUUUGCACCGUAUGAAGUUCAAACUAUUUUACCCACACACACACAAAAAAAGACAAAUACAUCACUUUUGCAUAAAUAAAUCAAAAUUUUGUAUAGUUUUGUCGUGUUUGAAAGACUGAAAGUAAUAAAGAUAAAUGAUUACACAAAAAGCAGUAGCUGUACAUAAGUGAUAUAAUACAGGAAAUGCUAAAUGACAAUGAAAAAUGUCAGUUUCACAGCUCUAAUGUUUGAAGUUACUGGAGAAAGUUAUCUACCUCAUGUUGUUACUGAGGCUUGGCUGAAGGUUUAAAAAAAAAAAAACUGUUCUGUCACAUGACAUCUCUCUUUCAGGACUGAUGUUACAUUUGGACUCAUGAUAGGAAUAAAAUAAAGCCUUUGCUAUACCAGAGGACCAGCAGAGUGUGUGUGUGUGCGUGCAUGUAUGUGUGUGUGUGUGUGCAGCAUUAUCAGAAAGGGGAGGGUCCUCAUCAUGCUGAAGGGACCUGGCUGUGUCCUCACAACUAUGGCAAAACACGUGUGUGUGUGUUCCUGUGUAUAGCACUGUGUUGUCCUCACAGGAUGGAACAGGAAGUCGCUUGCGGGCGCACAUAGAGAAGGUAUAGCCCUGUUAAUUGUAUGUGUGCCUCUGAGUAAUUAUUAAAAGUGCUGAAAUAAA